GACUAGUGAGAGACCUACGGAGUCACAACCAAGUCCAACGCCACCUCCUUAACCCUUCCCGUCUCUCGCCGGCGAUUUACUCAUGGCGACUCCCGGCCGGCGAACUUCAACGGAGAAUCAACUCUCGAUUGUGUCUAUCAAGUCUGCUCUCAGAGCCUACUCCAUUCCUCUUCUGCUCCUGGCGACGUCUCUGUGCUUCCAGCUUGUCGUCUUGCCGCGGAACUUUCCGCCGUCCUACUACGACGUUUUGGGGAUCCCUAAGUAUAGUUCAGUGGAAGAAGUGACUCAGGCGUACCAGAAUAUAACCUCCAAAUGGAAUUCAAGUGUUGAAGUUCCUCCCACAGUUGAUCUUAUCAAGGUUCAAUAUGCCUUCGAGUUUCUGACAAAUCCAUUGUUGAAAAGGGACUAUGAUAUGUAUAAGAUUGACGAAUAUGUUGAUGUUCUUGAAAAGGUUAAGGGGAAUCUUUCUGGGAAAAGACAUCUCUCUGAAAUUGACCUUCCAUUGAUAGUGGCUCCUUCCUCUGACCCUGCUGAUCGAGAUCUUGGUUUAAUCACCUCUGAGAACUUUUUAUCCUCAUUUGAAGAUGACAAACCUUUGCUACUUCAGAUUACUUCGUUGGGAAGCAACCGUUGUAGGCAAUUUGUUCCCAUCUGGGAGAGAAUUGUUCAUCUGCUGAAUGGGGUUGCAAAGACUGCACUGGUUGAACUUGGUGAUGUUAAGCUUGCUGUGUAUCUAGCUGAGAGAAAAUACACUGGACAACCCUUUUUUAGAAGUGGACUUCCAGCAUUGGUAGUUUUUCCACCGGGGUGUAAAGAUUCAAGUUGUCUUUCUAGGUAUGAGGGAGAGCUCUCUAUCGAUGCAAUCACAGACUGGUUGGCAACAAGCAUUCUCAGUUUACCUCGUAUUCCUUAUUACUCCAAGGAGUCAUUGGUUCAGAAUUUUCUGGCUAAAAGCAAACCGCACCAGGUCAAGGUAAUUAUGAUUUCACAAACUGGAGAACGUGCUACUCCAUUCAUUCGUCAGGCUGCUAAAGACUAUUCACCAUAUGCUACGUUUGCCUUUGCUUUAUGGAGAGAAGAUGAAUCAUCUUUUUGGUGGAAUGUGUUUGGUGUGGAGUCAGCUCCUGCUAUAGUUUUUUUAAAAGAUCCAGGAGUUGAUCCUGUUGUUUACCAAGGAUUGGUCAACAGUUCACAGUUUACAGAUCUAAUGGAGAAGAAUAAACAUCACGUGCUUCCCCAGUUGAGAAACGUGACUGCAAAGGAACUCGGCUGUGAUGUCCAUGGCCAUUCUCGCGCCGGAGAGGACGUCAAGGUUUGGUACUGUGCCAUUGUUGCUGGAAGGCCAAGCCAAGAACUCAACAAAAUGCGUGGAAUCAUACGCAGCGUGCAAGAUCAGCUGUCGAGCGAUGUUGAGUCAGAUAUAGGCAAUCAAGACCUGGUUUCAGCUCCAGCUACCUUGGCAUUGAAACAAAAGAGACUGACAUUUGCCUGGCUAGAUGGGGAAACCCAGAAUAGAUUUUGUUUCUUCCAUAUUCAUUCGGAAGACAGCUUCGAGACGUGCGGUCCUAGGAGGCUGAUGACAGAUGUGGCUCGGUUGAUCAUAAUCCGUUACGAGAGGAAUGAGACAAAUAAUGAAAUAGUGCAGUCCAGGAAACAGACAAACAACCUCUUCCUUGAUUUAAUGCAUACCGAAGCUGAUCCUGUAUUCACGCUCGUCGCCAAGUACAAUGGCUCAACCGAAGUUCCGGAGAUCAUCAAAUGGAUCUCCCAAACAAUCAAAGAUGGCGACGCCAGAGAGAUCCCUCCAUUCAAAACAAAAUCACCUGAGCUGGUGCCUGAGGAGGGAGAUAAAAUGUGGUCACGAGGUUCCCAAAAGGUCGUCUCAUCUGGAAAAAACAUCAAACAUCGGGCUGCUGGCUUCGUCUCCUCCUUUUCCGAUUUCCUCGGUGACCCCAGAAUCGGACCCUCUCUGCUCUUGGCCGCUUUAAUGUCGUUUGGCCUAAUUUGGCUGAAGAGAAGCCAACCAGCGCCAUCCAACAACCAGGCCGAAUCCGAGAGUGCGGACAGGGACAGGCCAAGCCGGAGGAGACGAGCAAGCGCGGGGUCAAACCAGCUCGUCCCACCUUCCAUCACCGACGAGGAGCCAACGAAUGCGACCCAAAUGUCGUUCCAAGACUCUGAUUCAGAGUAGGUAUUGCGACUCGACAAACACUCAAUACAUGAUGGGCUUUUCGACACCACCAGACAAAUAAAACACAGGUUCUGCUUAUAUUACAAUUGGCUAAUUAAUUGCUCAUGAGACCCGUUCGAGAGACUGACUUAUAACUUAACUUAGAUUUUGAUAGUUAACAUAACACGGUUUUAACAUCCUUAAGACUUCUUGGCAUUUGAAUAUAAACGGUAACAACGGCUUGUUGAGUAAA